UCUCCGCGCUCUGGAGUGACAUAAUGGAAUUUUUAGGGCUAGAAAGCGAGCGAGGUCUGGCUGUGCGCAUAGCAGUCGUGCCAUCGGGAAAAGACAAUAUCGCCCGCGCGCAGGAGAGACACGUCCGAGCCCCGCCAGCUCCACAGCUCCAGCGGUGCGGACGCCGUACGCGCGGAGGGGACACGGGAACGGGAUCGCGUGCGAUAACGAUCAGCUGAUUUCCUCAUGCCUGGAUGUGUCGCUUCAACGAUCGCUAAUGCGUAACGCCCAGCACUCCCUCAUGUGAGGGUGUAGAAUGGAAACAACCCUCUACCCAGGCGCCGUGGUGAACAAUCCGAGGGUCCCCAGCAUCUUUUCCCAGAGCACAAUGAUGAAAAAGGAAAUUAAUCUGAACCUGGACGAUCAGAACGCCGAACUCAAAUCCAACCCGCUCCGGGACUCCGACGGACUCCUCAACUCCCCGGACUUGGGACUAUUGAAACUAACUUCUCCGGACCUGGAGCGUCUCAUCAUCCAGUCCAACGGUCUGGUCACCGCCACCAACCCCGCUUCCCAGUUCCUCUACCCCAAAUCGGCCAGCGACGAGCAGGAGUUCGCGGAGGGCUUCGUCAAGGCGCUGGAGGACCUCCACAAGCAGAACCAGCUCAACGAAGCGGGCUGUGUGUCCGUGGACAGACUGGAGCUGCUGGGCUCGUCCAGCGCCGUCGGCUCCGCCGGGCUCCAGGCCUCGGACCUGCCAGUAUACACUACUUUGAACGGCUAUGCGGCCAGCCCGCUCGGGGCCACCACCAUCAACUACUCCACGGACACCAUCCCCUUCCCACCGCCGCCCUCGCAUCUCGCCGGCGCGCAGCAACAGGCGGCCGCCGCGGCGGCGCUGUCGCGGCUGCAGUCCGCCGGCGUGAAGGACGAGCCGCAGACGGUGCCGGACAUGCAGAGCUUCGGGGACAGCCCCCCGCUGUCCCCCAUCGACAUGGACAACCAGGAGCGCAUCAAGGCGGAGCGCAAGAAGCUGCGGAACCGGAUAGCGGCGUCCAAGUGUCGCAAGCGGAAGCUGGAGCGCAUCUCGCGGCUGGAGGACAAGGUCAAGAGCCUGAAGACGCAGAACACGGAGCUGGCGUCCACGGCCAGCGUCCUCAGGGAACAGGUGGCCCAGCUGAAGCAGAAGGUGAUGAACCACGUGAGCAGCGGAUGCCAGCUCCUGCCGAACCAGGUCCAGGCGUACUGAAGCACAGGUGCUGUGGCCGGAUGCUUGUCUGAGGAUAAAGGCCCGAACCGCCAGGGACAUUUGCCUUUUUAUAACCCAAAACCCUAAUCAGUGACUACGCCAGGACCGUGUAAACAGUCUUCAGACCAAAGGCUGCACGAGAAGCUCUUGCACUGUGUAGAAAUGAACAGCCUUUGAUGUGUAUAAAGCUGCGAGCCAACUGGAAAUGACAGGUUCCCGGCAGCAGGUAUGAGCUGCAGCCUCGUCGGAUCCAAGACAUUCUGACAGUGUUGAGAGAAUUAUUACCAUUGCCCUAGUUCUUGGGAAGCCAUGUAGCACUUUGCUAUCUAGUGGUGUAAGAUAGCUGGACAAUCUCAGCACAGUGCAACCAAACACCAGGGUGACACCAGGUGCUCUCAUCCACCGUGUAAUAUAAAGCCUUACUUGUUUACAAGCACUUAGCAAUGGCAUACAUUCAUAUAUAUUUUAUUUACUGAACAAUUAUUUUACAUAUGGACUUUUUUUUCAUCUUUUGGCUACAUGAACACUGCAUGACUUGUUGCUUUUGUGUACAGUAACCAUUGUAUUGUCAUCAUGGUGGCUGUUGUAUAUUUUCACAGUUGCCAAACCUUCAUGAAUGUACAUGUACGUGCUGAGAAAUCAACUGUAUCCAUCUGAAAUGGACCUUCUCUUGGACAUAUAUUAAAUUCACUACAUUAUUACA